UCAACUUCAUCACUGAGCCACCGCGCCGUCUGUCAAGAUGAUCGCCUUGUUCCUACUGGUUCUUUACUCCACUUCCUGCGGCGUCCACUCUGAAGGUCAACACGUCCACAUCGAGCCGCUCACGGACAACGUUCUGGUCCUGAAGGUUCUGUCCGGCGUGGACAACAAGGUGUACGUCCCCCUGACGUGUGGAGCGGCCUAUCAGACUCAGUCUGUGUUUUGGAAGAAAGAUGGGAUGGAACUCGAUCCUCCUCUGCAGGGGAACCAGGUGAGGGUCCUGGUGGAGCAGAUGGACGGGGGUAACUACACCUGUCACCUCGGCCCUGACGGACAGUACCUGAACCACACUGUAAUCCUGGUCCAGAUGGACUCAGACAACAGGAGCCUCAUCCUGGAGGAAAUGUCACCAACGGAAGGUCACAUCCACUGUUCAGCACCAAACUACAAAGGUGAUUUUCACUGCACUUGGAAGAGAACACAAUACAGAUCUCAUGCUGCUGUGCUGCUGGUAAAAGCCAUUCGCAACUUUGAACAGAUCCCGUGUCAGCUGGAUGCUGACGGAUCAGGGGUUCACUGUCAGGAUGUCAACUGUCCGUUCAGAGAGGAACAGCUGCGCAUCUAUCUCACCGUGUACAUCCACAGCUUUUCUCGCCUGGAGGUCUACACUAAGGUUUUCUACCUGAGGGAAAUUGUAAAACCAUCAAAACUCUCCAACCUCCACCUUAGUGAUGGGAAUGUGUUCAGUUGGAACUACCCAGACUCCUGGGAGACCCCACGGACCUACUUCGCCUUGCAGUUUCAGGUCAAAGUCAUCAAUCACGGACAUCCCUGUAACACUGAAGAGAACGUAGCGCUGCACAACAUCACUGAGGACACAACCUACAAAGUGGACGUCCAACGUAAGAGGUACAUUUUCUGUGUACGAGCUCAGGACAAGUACACAAAUGGACCAUGGAGUCACUGGACCCACUGCACAGUGAACAGAAACAAGGUUCAGUGCUGAGGUUUUACACUGCCAUAACAGAAGAAAAUAAAAUAGAUGAUGUGCACUUGAAUAAUGGAUGUUAAGCUGUAUAGUAUUUAUUUUCUAUAUUGGAUGUUAAACUGUUAAAUUAUUUUUUUACUUCAAAAUAAAUCAAUGAUCAUCACGUGCGGCGUCGCUCGUUUGGCUUUCUGUAUCGCGUUUCACAAACACUUAACUAACGAAGUAACAAGUGAUUGAAUAGAUUUGCAGCAGGUUAGGGUGAUAAAGAUCAAAAAUGGAAAAGUGCCAGUGAGGAAUUUGGAAAAAGAUGUUUACAUGAGACCACAUCAGAAAUGAACCUAUCCGAGGGCCGGGUGAGGGCACAAACCAAACAAUCACUACAGGAAAUUCAGGUAGAAAAAAAAGCUUUAUUGUUGUAUUUACAGCCGUAUUAUGAGCAGCAAUGUUGUAAAUGAGAUGAGGGAAAGUUACGUCAAAUCACAAUAAAAAAAAGAAGGAAACUGUGUUGUUUUCCCCCAAUGUUUUUCUCCUAGUGAGCGAACACGUUAAGCUAUUAGAAAACUGCACUUUGUGGUCACUUUUUUCCCUCCUCCCUAUGUGUAAUAACCUAAACAGUAAAAAAAAAAAAAGUCUAAAAUUCACA